GCUCUGCGGGGCGUGGUGGGUGGGACAGGCACUGGGCGGACUGGCGAGGCCCUCCCGCACUUAUGCACCCCGAAAUGGCUCAGAGGCAGGACGAUCAGAGAGGGGGCGCGCCCUUGAGCGCGGAGGGCAGGUCGGAUGCGGAGGUUAAGCUCAUUCUGUACCACUGGACGCAUUCCUUCAGCUCUCAAAAGGUGCGCUUGGUAAUUGCUGAAAAGGCAUUGAAGUGCGAGGAACAUGAUGUAAGUCUGCCCCUGAGUGAGCACAAUGAGCCUUGGUUUAUGCGUUUGAACUCAACUGGAGAAGUGCCUGUCCUUAUCCACGGGGAAAACAUAAUUUGUGAGGCCACUCAGAUCAUUGAUUAUCUUGAACAGACUUUCCUGGAUGAAAGAACACCCAGGCUAAUGCCUGAUAAAGGAAGCAUGUAUUACCCUCGGGUGCAACACUACCGAGAGCUGCUUGACUCCUUGCCAAUGGAUGCCUACACGCAUGGCUGCAUCUUACAUCCUGAGCUAACUGUGGACUCUAUGAUCCCAGCUUAUGCAACCACAAGGAUUCGCAGCCAAAUUGGUAACACAGAGUCUGAACUGAAGAAACUUGCUGAGGAAAACCCGGAUUUACAAGAGGCAUACCUUGCAAAACAGAAGCGACUCAAAUCAAAGCUGCUUGAUCAUGACAAUGUCAAAUAUUUGAAGAAAAUUCUUGAUGAAUUGGAGAAGGUCUUGGAUCAGGUUGAAACUGAAUUGCAAAGAAGAAAUGAAGAAACCCCAGAAGAGGGCCGCCAGCCUUGGCUCUGUGGAGAAUCCUUCACCCUGGCAGACAUCUCCCUUGCUGUCACGCUGCAUCGACUGAAGUUUCUGGGGUUUGCGAGGAGAAACUGGGGAAAUGGAAAGCGACCAAACUUGGAAACCUAUUACGAGCGUGUCUUGAAGAGGAAAACAUUUAACAAGGUUUUGGGACAUGUCAACAAUAUAUUAAUCUCUGCAGUGCUGCCAACAGCAUUCCGGGUGGCCAAGAAAAGGGCCCCAAAAGUUCUUGGCACCACCCUUGUGGUUGGUGUGCUUGCAGGAGUGGGAUAUUUUGCUUUUAUGCUUUUCAGAAAGAGACUUGGUAACAUGAUAUUAGCAUUUAGACCCAGACCGAAUUAUUUCUAGGUUUGUGGGUAUCUGGUGUGUGAUGACUCAUCCAAGCCUUCAGCUAGACCCCAUGAUUGCCCGUAGCUAUUCAUCUGAGACUAUCUUAUUGAGUAGUUAGCAAGAUUUCCCCCCUGGAAUUCACCAGUCAUCUUUGUUGUCCAACACAGGGGUUCAGACAGCAACAGAGCACAGAAUUACUUCAUCCUACACUGCCAGCUUCAGGCAGAAAUAAGGGAGGCAGAUGGAAAAGGGAGAAGGAAAAAUAGGAGAAAAUAGUCUGUAUAAGGUAGAGCAGUAGAAAGUAACCUUCGGGUGCCUCCAGUGUCACUCCUCGUUGCCAUUCCCCUUGGCAAACAUCACAUUUAACCACUUGUGACCACUGCCCACACACACUUCAGUAACUGAGAACUCUCAGGAGGAGAGAACUAGGGAAUCCGUGGGGAUAGUGGGCUGGAGAGACCCCUGGGCUUUACACUCACAGCACUGCAUUUGACUUCAGCAUUCAUUUUAAAUGCUUAUGCAUCACACUCAUUGCUUUGGUAAGGUUAAGUGCUUAUACACUUGGGAAUAAGAUGCCCACUGACUGUCUGUCUGUCUAGCAUUUACAUGGAAGCCUUAAGUAAUAUUAAGAAGUUCCUUGCCAUUCCAGGUGGUCCCCAAUUUGAUGAUGCCUAUGAGAUAUCACUCCUGUGGACCAUUGUGUCCAGUCAUUAGAGGGGGGCUUGAGUGGCAUUUGGGUAAAUGUCCAAGGUAAUCCCUGGCAUGUCAUAUGGCUGGGUAGUAGAUAUUUUGAAGGUCUUGGAGUACCAAAUAUGCUCAUUCUUCAUUUGAGGAAGCUGGUGUGUUAACACAAAAAUUAUUAUUCAGACCUCGCAUCUGUUUAUGAUCAUCCACAAAGCCUUGUUAAAGAGGAAGGUUUAGUCUUAGCCCUUGGCAAUUCAUUUUGGGGAGAUGCAGUAAAUGGCUAGUGAUGCCCAUCUGCAUUCAUGUGUGUCUGGGCAUUUUGGAAGGUACUUCAGUUCAUCUGGAAGGGCCAAUCUGUGUGUCCCAUGCACGACCACGGGACUAACUACGACAUAUGUUUUGCGCUCAGAAAAGGUCUUUCAUGGUGACAGGAAGGCAGUUUCUCUGGAGCUGGCUGUAAAAUCCUUGGAAGCAGUUUCAGGUGUCUGGUGGGUUGGAGUAUACAGAGAUGAUGAGCUGAAUUUCCAGUGGGCAACAGAAGCUUGCUUGGACUGUCUUAGAUGGGCUGUGAGAAACAGCUGAGAAAAUGUCUUGGCUUUUUCAUUAAUAGGAAACAAUCAUACCUGGGAAGCAAUGGCUUUUGGAUGGUAAAACAGUUUUGUGAUUCCAUUUUGAUUCUAUUAUUCCAUUUCAUGAUCCACUUGUACUAGAAAAUCUUGAAUUGGAGGUGCCAUGUUUACAAAAAAACCCAAUAACACCUCCAGAGUAAGCUCAAUUCAACAGGAAUGAAUAGUGUGGCAACUUUUAUAAUGUCUUAAAUUUGCAUAUCAGAGUGUCAUCGUAUAGAAUGUCUGAAUCUGUUUGUUGCUGGAACAUUCCAGAAUUGGUUAUUCAUGGUUCAUGGCAUUUUAGAAUUUUUAUGUAACUCUGUUAGAAACAAGAACUGAGAGAUGAAGAAAUAAAAACUGGAUUUUUAUAAAGAUCUGCAAAGGAUAUUUACCUGUGAAAGAGUUGUUGAUUAAGAAUAAAGAUGAGGGUUAGGUUUUCCUUCUAUUUAUAUUAUUAUAGAAUCAGGGGGAAUCUACUAGAAAGGUUUAUAAUUUUCCUACAUGUUUUCAUUGGAAAUACGCGUUUGUCAAUUUUAAAGGUGAUGCAUGGUAGCCAUUUCAGUUGUUUCAUGAAUACUCUCGCGUUGAUGCUUUAAAGUUAAGAAACUUCACAUCUUACAACAAAAUAAUUUCCAGAUGGAUUAAAGAUCUAAAUGCAUAAAAGUAUAAAAGAUUCCAUAGUACUACAGAAAUACUCAAGCACAUGUAAGGAUGUUCACUGUAGCAUUCUUUGUAAUAGAAAAACCUAAAUGUAAAUCACCAUGAAAAUAAUUAAAUAAAAAUUAAAGUCACAAAAAAACAAAACAACAACAACAAAAAAAAGUUUGUUCAGGGAUUAUAAUGACCACUAGAUGUCGCUGUUCAUCCAGUAGUCUGAGAUUGGGCGUUUUUUCAGUUUAGCAAGCCUUCUGAAAUGUUUCAAGCAAAGGUAAACAUUAAUGACCUUCGUUUCUGAAAUAAGGGCAUCUUCAUCAGAUUAUUUAUCUGUAAAAAAAAGCUUGAGGCAAUGGUAAUAACUGAUUUCUAAUGCUUUGAAAGGGAUAACAGUACAACAUAAUGUCAAGUUAAAGAGUUGAACACACACUAUUAGCUAAAUGGGCACGCUUAUGUAUUUUCUUUUUCACGAUCAUUGGUGACUGGCCAAUGUGCUCCUCAAUUUCCAAAAUGUGUAUAAAUGUCACAAUGAGAACAAUGCCUUUGGUACUAACGUUAUGUUGGCUAUUAUGUCUUAACACACAUAAAUACUUCUUGUUAUUUGCCUUUUGAAUCCAUUUUUCUUAAUUGCAGAGAGUUGUAAAUUGCUUGCUCAGUUGUUAAUAAUUAUUGUUGUUGACACCAAAGUUGUAGAUUUUUGGUGUUGUUGAAUGCACUAGAGAGAUCAAGAAACUAUUCUGCCUGUAAGAUCAAUAAAUAUAAUUGGAAAAUAAAUAUGAACCCUAAAACCAAGUA